GUGAAUCCUUUGUUAAUGGCGGCCGGUCGCCGUCCGCAUGCUCCGGAGCUUUCUGGAUAGAUUCAGACCGACUCCUCGCGUCGAACUCGGUUCUUCUGCUCCGCCCAUCUGUCUUUCCUAUCGCGCUCAGGCUAACAUUGACUUGUUUCCACGAACAAGGCAGUAAUGGCCAACGAAGGAGUGAUGCUGCUGCCGCUGCUUCUGCCGCCGGUGGCUCGGGCUUCCUGUGCCUGACGUGAGACGAGUCUCUGCGGGAUAGAAAGAUGAUUUCAUCCUGAACGGAGGAGGAAGAGGCGAAGAAGGAGGUGAAGAAGGAGGACCCCGGGAGCUGAGGAAACCCCGUCAGAAGCUCUGCUCCUGCCGCCAACCUUUGUGUGCGACUGUGUCAACCAUGGAGACCACUCAGCUGACUCUAGUUGUCAGAGGAGAAACAUCCACAGGUGAGUUGUUCGCUGUUGUGGGAAGCUGUGAAGCCCUGGGAUGCUGGAGCUUUGAAAAAGCUGUCAUCUUACAUCCUGACAGUAAGGUUGGAAAUACAUGGACUACAACGGUCACUGUACCCAAAGGAGUUGUUACCAACUACCGGUAUUUUAAGGGCUUCUUCUUGGAGUCUAAGAGCGCAGAUGGUCCCUGUCAAGUGAUAGUCAAUGUGUGGGAGACACAUCACCGUCCCCGCACGAUCAGCCCCACAGAAUCACACCAGGAUAUUGAUGACGGUCAAUUUGGAACUAUCAAUGGGAUCAAUUGUGUCGACGCCGGGUGGCUUACGUGCCAGACAGAGAUUCGCCUGCGUCUGCACCAUUCUAAGACGCCUCCGGUGUCCAUCACCAAGAAGAAAUUCAAGAAGUCUCGCUUCAGGAUCAAACUUGCAUUGGAGGGCUUUGAGGAGGAUGGGGAAGAUGAAGACGAAGAUACGUCCAGUGCUGCUUCUUGGAACAAGAUGACCACCACUCUGGAGAUCAGUAUGAUCAGUGCCAAUGGGUACAGGUCCCGUCACUCGCAGCCUGAGUGUGGCUAUGCCCUGGAGCCGGCCACGUGGACCGAGUACAGUAUCCACACCAUGGACCCAGACAACCUAGAGCUCACCUUUGAGUUCUUUGAGGAGGAUAUGAGUCAUUUUGUGCAAGGGGAUGAUAAUCCGGGACAUAUGGGCACAGCCUGCCUCCUCUCCUCCACUCUCUGGGAGAGUGGCAAAGACAGGGGAGUGGUCACACUUCCCAUCAUGGGCAGAAAUUCCAGACAGACCAUCGGGAAAGUGAGAGUGGAUUACCUGGUGAUUCAGCCCAUCCAGGGGCUGCAGUGUGACAUGAGCUCCUCGUUCACCAGGUACUGGAAGAAAAGAACUGCCCUAAAGGUGGGCCACAGAGGAGCAGGCAGCACGCACGCGGCAAAGCACCACAAAGUGAGAGAGAACACCAUCGCUUCAUUCACAAGUGCUUUUCAGCAUGGUGCAGCCUUUGUAGAGUUUGAUGUUCAUCUCUCUAAGGACGCCGUUCCUAUCGUGUACCAUGAUCUGACAUGCUGCAUCUCCACCAAGAAGAAAAAUGACAAGACUUCACUGGAGCUCGUGGAGGUUCCAGUCAAAGACUUGACUUAUGAUCAGCUGCAGCUUCUUAAGCUGGCCCACAUUACAGCAAUGACAGCAAAUGAUCACAAAGAUCUGCUGGACGAUGAAGAGGAAAUUGACGAUCACCAACCAUUCCCUUCACUCACACAGAUCUUUCAGGCUGUUCCUGAGCGUGUGGGUUUUAACAUAGAGCUCAAAUGGAUCUGCCAGUUAAAGGACGGGUCAUGGGACGGCAACCUCUCAUCCUACUUCAACAUGAACACCUUCCUCGAUGUUAUCCUGUCGUGUGUUCUGCAGAAAGGUGGCAACAGACGUGUUGUCUUCUCCUGCUUUGACCCAGACAUCUGCACCAUGGUGCGACACAAGCAGAACAAGUACCCCAUCCUCUUCCUCACUCAGGGAAUUUCAGAAAGGUAUCCUCAACUGAUGGACAUCCGCUGCCAGACCACUCAGAUCGCCAUAAGCUUCGCCCAGAGCGAGAACAUCCUGGGAAUCAGCGCCCACUCCGAGGAGCUGCUGAAGAACCUCACCCACAUUCGUGACGCCCAGUCUAAAGGCCUGGUGCUUUUCAGCUGGGGCGACGACAACAACGAACACGAGACCAGAAUGAAACUGAGGGAGCAGGGAAUCGACGGGUUGAUCUACGAUAGUAUCUGUGACGAACAAGGAGAGCAGCCCAAUAUCUUCCAGGUAGAGGAGCAGCACUCCCUGCAGGAGGUCAUCACAGAAGAGACCAUGCAGAGCUCCUCCUGCUCCUGCUACUCCAUCCCCUGCUCCUCCGCCCCCUGCAUCGCCGCCAAGAACCAUAACGGCAGCACAGAGUCCGAUUCUGGUCACAGCUCCUUAUAAUCACACCUAAACUACCUUUCUGUAAAGCUCACUGCGCACACACACCCAAGACAACCAAACACAAACAAAUAACGUAAUUACUGUCAUGUGUCUUCUCAUAUUUGUUAUGUUUUCUGUUGAAAUAGGUGUAUGGUUUGCCAAAACUUAAAGGCAGUCAUUUCCUUGUUUCUUAAAUGACGGGUGUAGGUAUUAGAACUGUCUGCACAAAAGUCUUUUUAACAGCAGACACUGAAAGUUGAUAUUUAUUCAGCCAAUACAUUUCACUUCUAUAGUUUAAAGUGCUAAAAGGUAAUGCAUAUGAUUUUUAUACAGGUGUAAAAUCGUUCAUGUGGCAAACUCGUAAGAUUUAUGAUGAUGCUGUUUUUCAGUUUCUGCUGUUAUGUCUUAUAUGUGCAUGUAGCCAUUGCCUUAAAGGUUGUUUUUAAAUUGUAAUGAGUACUAGCUUCGGAUUGCUAUUUCAGGUUUUUGAGAAAUCAUUUGAGAGUGUGUGGCACAUCCGUCGCUGGGUUAGGUUGGCAUACUACACAUAGUGCACGGAGAUGUGCAUGAGGAUGACAGUGCAGAUUGCCAUAAAUGACGAAUAUCUCCUGGUGGAUAGAACACAGCACUUAGAAACACGUUGACAUGAUUAAUUAACUUUUGAAUGGACAGUUACCCCUUGUUUCCACAACUUCAAAUUCAUGCUUAUUCAUGCUCGGGUUUUACAGCUGUUAUUGUUGAUUACACGCUGCAUGCCUACUGGAUGUAUCAUGUCCUUCAUUCAUUUUAUCUACUUGAUUUGAGGCAAAGCUGACGAAUGUUACAUAUGCAAACAGUGCACAUGUACCACAGCCUUAAUGGUGAAAAGUCUGUGUCUGUUUCUUGUACAUUAUUUCAAAAUCACCAACUCUUAACUGAUGAUCUACUGUAAUAGACAUGCGUGAACAAAUGCUCCAACUCCAAAUACCAUACUUCCUAUAAAUCUCCUUUCACGUCACAACACAAAGCUAUUUGUUGCAUGGCAGAUCUCUUUGGGAAGAAAGUACACUUGAAAUAAUCAUGAAAUGAGUAUUUAAGGACAAGUAUGUAGGGACUUGGUAGAAAUGGGAUAUACUAUUCACACAUUUUUAACCCCGCGAAACACAACCAUUUAUAGUAUGUAGUAUACCGUCUAUAUAUUGAUGAAGCCAUGCAUGGUCUGCUUAUCUGUAUGAUUGAGAAACCAGGGAGAAUGAAAGGCUCUAGUGUGUAAUAUGAACUGUGACAAGGUAAUGUAAUGGUAAUGUAAAUAAAUGAAAGAAGAUAAACUUUUGUUUAUUUGA